GGAAGCAUAAUAUUAGGGAAAGGUCUGAAAGGAACGUAAGCACAAGAACUCAAAAACAGAAAACCUAGCCACAGAAAAACAUCAUUCCAACUCAAAUUCAAAGCAAGCUUUGAGAUAAUGCCAUGGAUUCUAAGGACGUCGAUAUGAUGGAUUCCGAUGCUCCGGUGACUUCUUCCCCUUCCGACACCACUGAACUUUCCUCGGUGUCCGAUCAGAUUGAAGUUGCCAGAAGAUUACUCACAGUAGCUCGCCAACUCAUUGAUCAGGGAAAGCCUUCCCAAGCUCUUCAAGCGGUGUUGACGGCAAUGAGAGCCAAGGGAGGAGAAGCUGCUGCCUUUCAAGCACUUACUCGAGCUAAAGAGCUCUACAGAAACAAAAUACACGAAACGACUGCUGCUGAUGAGCUGGCAUCGUUGUUUGCUGAAUGUGCUAUCGCUGAAGCUUCACCUGAACCAUCUACAUCUAAUAACACAAUCAGCCAUCCAUUUCCGUCUUUCGAAUCAGAUACUAGUGGAACUUCUAUACUGGCGGAGACGGGAAGAAAACAAAUCGUGCUGGAUGCGUUCUCGGAUGGAAGUAGCUUCGUUUGUCUACAAUGCGGAGGCCUUGUUAGCAAUGACCGUAGGGACGAGCACUAUGCAUUCUGGUGCGGUCGUUCUUAGCUGAUCAUGGUGUGUAAAUGGUGAUCCAGUUUCAUGGCUUUUGCCAUGAAAUUGGCAUGUAAUGCUUUCAUAGUGUAAUAGAACCCCCAAAUGUGAACCUGCAACAAUAAACCAAGAUAAAAAGGAUUAUAC